AUGGUCUGGCGGAAGGGGCCACCUCUGACUCGUCUUCCUGGACAAUGGGAACCGUGGGAGGCAACGUUAGACGACGCCCAAGCUAGUGGAUUGCAACUCUCAGACAAAGUCGGUCUGACUGCGGACGACGAGGCCCGUGCGGAUCGAUGGCAGACUCAUGUUCGAGAGCUUCCUAUCCUCGCUAUAGAUGAGUUGAAGGGCUCUGAGGUACUCCUUCGUCGAGCACACCACGUUCUCGUAUGGAUCAUGCACUUCUACGUCCACACAACGCCGUUGUCGUUGUCAACGAUUCGUAUUCCUCCACCUCUCACUGUGCCACUCCUUCAGGUGUCCGCGCAACUGCAGUUGCCGCCAGUCCUCACAUACUCCGACGAUGUCCUGUAUAAUUGGGCAUUCAAGAUACCUCCGUCUCCGGCAUUAGCUACGCGUCCACCCGCCCUGGACAACUUGCGUUGUCUGACCCUCUUCACCGGCACUCGCGAUGAAGAGGAAUUUUAUCUUGCUUCUGCUCGUAUUGAGCUUCGCGGAGUCGAAGCGCUCAGUUUGAUGAGCUCAGUAAUGGAUGAAGUCUUCGUGGGUGACACGAUCGCCAUGCGCCGCAUCGCCACCUACCUUCGUGCCAUCGCGGACGUCAUCGCAGAUCUGACAAAGAUCUUGGGUGCGGUGCGGGACGGAUGUGACCCGGAGAUCUUCUACAACGUCAUCCGACCAUGGUUUAGAGGAACAGACUCGGACACGAAGAAGAGGAAGUGGGAGUUUGAAGGUCUGGAGCUCGAUCCCGAACUCAAGAAGCCCACCGAGCUGUCUGGUCCAAGCGCUGGUCAAAGCUCGUUGAUCCAUGCUCUGGACAUCUUCUUUGGCGUCGACAAGUAUUCGCAUUCCAACUUCCUCGACACUCCGGCCGCUUCCAAGGCCACCUCGUCAUAUGUUCCCUCGACAUCGGCAUCCACCGCCUCGCUCGGUUCUGCACCGGCAUCCACCGCGGUGCCCUUCCUGAUUCGUAUGCAGUCCUACAUGCCGCGCCACCACCGCGCUUUCCUGCAUCACCUUUCUUCCAAUCCACGCCCGCUCCGCGCUUUCGUUGAGUCAGCGGGCGACGAAAAGUUGCUAGACGCUUACAACUUCGUUGUGACUGCGCUGAAGGUGUUCCGCGACGAACAUGUCCGAAUCGUGGCGUUGUACAUUCUCAGCCCAUCUAAGCGGGCUAAUGCACUACAGGAAAAACAGUUGAAGGGUACGGGCGGAACGGAUGCCUUUCAAUUCGUGAAGGGCGUCCGAGACCAGACGGCAGGGGCUCUUUUGAGGCGGGAUGAGGGGAAGGAACAAUCUGGCGUUUGA